ACCACCUAUACUCCCCUAUAAUGUAGUAUUCUUAUAAUUUGUCUAAUUUUUUUCAAUUUAUCUAAUUUUUAUAAUUUAUCUAAAAAUUUUAAUUUGUCUAUUUCACAUAUAUGGCGCCAAGAAAGACUACUAAACCUGCUGAGGUUAAGAAGGCAGUAGAACCCAAAACAAAAAAAACCACAAAAACAACUAAACCUGCUGCCAAACCCAAGACCACCGUAAAAACUAAAAAAGUAACUUCUAAAAAGAAGCCCACAGAAGAUGAAAACUCAGUUACCAGCGACCAGGAACAAUCAUCAGAACAAGAAUACUCAAAUCACGACGCAUCAGAUGGCUACGUUGAUUAUCAGGAAAACGAAGUCAAUGAACUAACUGAGGAAGUUCCUCUUGAAGAAACUAACCAGGAUCAUUCAGACGGUGAAGACCAUAAGAGUUCUCUUGACGAUGAGAAGAUCAACGCUAACAGAAUUUUUAUUACCAGAAUUGCAUUUGAAGCCACUAAAGAUGAUCUCGAAGAUUACUUCAAAAAGUUUGGAACGGUUUAUGACGCUUACUGCCCAAGACAGAAUAACUACAGUGGGCUAAACAAGGGUUUCGGAUUCAUAUCAUUUGAAAACGAGGAUUCCAUACGGAAGGUGUUUGAGUCUGGCCCACAUGUUAUAAUGGGUCGAGAGGUAAUAGUAGAUAGAGCAACGGGUACAAAAUACCAUUCAAGUGACUAUAAGCGUCUAGAGUACUCAUCUCAAUCAGGUCCAAAGAGACAUUAUCCGCCUCCGCACAGAAGAUUCAGAGAUUACUAUCCCGACAGUUACAGAUACAAGAGGCACUAUGACUCGUAUCCAGACUAUCCCAGUAAGUAUCCGAGGAGAGAACGGCACUACGAACGUGAUUCAUAUUACCAGAGUGUCCCUCCAUACAGACAAAGUUCCAAUUCUUCCACAUUUGAUCCGAAUAAACCAGUCAGUUUCGUCUUUUCUGGCUCCAGAAACGAGAGUAGAAAUGAACCUUACUCAAGAACAUUUUCAGACACACCAAGAACCUAUUCAGACGCACCAAAAACAUAUUCAGAUGGAUCGCGAACAUAUUCUAACGGGUCGAGAAAUGGUCGAGACAGGAGUAUUCCAAAACUGUUUGUCGGUCGCAUCGCGUUCGAAACGAGUGUUCACAGUCUCAGGACAUACUUUUCUCAGUUCGGAGAGGUCAUUGACGUGUAUAUUCCAAAGGAUCCACACACCCAAAAGGGGAAAGGGUUCGGUUUCAUCACUUUUGCAAACAAAAAUUCCAUCCAUUCCGCACUAGAUCCUAGCCUGAAACAUGUCGUCGACGGAAGAGAAAUCAUCGUUGAUUACGCUGACGUACACAGCAGAAGGAUUUAG